AGUUGGAGGCUCGGUAAGAAGCAACUUCUUAUUGAUGAACACUGGACAGCAGGACGGAAGAGAAUUUUGAUGAUGACAGUGAUGAAGAACAGCCUUUUGGGACCGGUCCGGUUCCUCCUCUGCCUCCUCCUGAGCAGCAGCUCGGUAUCCGGACUAGGAUCAGUGGUGUCAAAAUCGUACCCGCACAUCAGAAACCCUAAAACGUGGCAUGCUGCCCAAGAGUACUGCAGGAGCAAGCACACCGACUUGGCCAUUCUGUACCAGAGAUCAGACGGAGAGCGUAUGUCCUUACAUAAAUAUUAUGCUUGGAUUGGUCUGUCCAAACUGAAAACCCCGACUGAAUGGACUUCGGCAACAUCACCUCCUACUUCCCUUAUCGAAUGGGCAUCCAACGAACCAGACAGUGGUGACAGUUGUGCCUUAAUCUCUCACAGCUCCAAUAAGGUUUAUGGCACCAACUGUGAAGGACAAAACUUUUUCCACUGUUACAAGAAUGAACCUGACAGUAGGACCACAUUCGUACCUCUGGCAAUGACGUGGCAAGAAGCUCAGAAGCACUGCGAGAAUAACAGAGGAGAACUGAUUUCCCAGUUUCCCAUCGUCACGAAUUACUUAAAGUCAGAAGAUUUCCCAGUCUGGAUUGGACUGCACAGAGAAGGAGGAACGUGGAAGUGGAGCUCCGGCUCAUCAGCCUACAGGAGUUGGAGUAGUCCACCAUCAGACAACCACCAUUAUAAUGAUGUUGAUGAUGACUGUGUCUCCAUUUCAUCUCUCAACAAAAAGAUGGCCGCUAAAAAGUGUACCGACCAAUUUCCCUUCGUGUGCGUCAGUGACAACUUACUCCUGGUAAAGGAGAAGAAGAGCUGGGAGGAGGCGGUGGAGCACUGCCGAGCAUACACCUCACCCACCAACAGCCAACACCGCUACGACCUGGCCAGCGUGCAGCCUGGAGACGACCAGAACUACAUCAUGACCACAGUCAUGAAGGCUGACACCCAGGAGGUGUGGGUGGGUCUGCGUUUCCUUGCAGGGCGCUGGCUGUGGGUGACAGGGGCAGACAUGCUGUAUGCUGACCUGCCUGAAUGCCCUCUGGAGGGGAAUCGCUGUGGAGCCUUAAACAAGACCAGCACGACGAGUGUGAAGACCAGAGACUGCACUGAGAAGAAAAACUUUCUGUGUUACAGAAAGUGAGCUUCCUGAAGGAAACCGUCUCAGGCCGGUUUUUUCCAGUGAAUGAUAAAACCAUGUUCUUCAAGAAGCUUAAGGUCAAAGGUUAAUGCAGCAAAACUAUGUUUACAGACAGAUUUCCUGUAGACCACACCUCUAUGCAUGUAUUAGCUUAGAAAAACUCAUUGUAAACAGUUCAUUGUAAACAGAGCUAAGUAACAAGGUAUUUUUUUAGUAAACACAGUUCAAAUCUCCUUAAGUACAGUCAAAAAGGACAAAGACUUCAUUGCUGGAAAACUCUUCAGCAGAAGCAUGAGUGAACUUAAGCUAUGGUAUCAUUAAGUGUGCAGCAGGGCAAUAAAAAGUGAAUGUCAUAAAAACAGAAGAGAUGAGCAAGAAAGUAAUUGUAAGUAUCAAACUUCUAUUUCAAAUACACAGACGCUAAGUUCCAUUUCUUGAUAAAUGGAAUGUGUUUGGUUUUAAUCUAAAUGCUCAAAAUCAAUUCUGCAAUGUUAUGGAACAUGUUCAAAUUGUAAUAUAUACUUGGCCACUGAAAUGUAUGCAUCCUCGCAGUACCUCUGUGGCUCAGUGGGUCCAGGAGAACUUUUGGAGGAAUCUUAUGAAUAUCCUGAAUAUCCAGUGUGAUUUAAUUGCUCAUAAAUGUACCAUCCUGGACCAUGUUCUCUGGGAGUAAGGAAUAUACAAGGAGGGCAUUUUCAACUGGGCUGAUCUUAGUUCUUAAUUAAAAUGAAGUUGAUCCAAGUUUACGUCAUGAGGAAUCUUCCUGUUGCAAAUAUUUCCCUGUUUGGUGCAUAGAUGUAAAUCUUGCUUUCAUUUGCCAGCAGUCAAAUACUGUAGUUUCUGAAGAUUGGGUUUACAAGCAGCCGAUUGUUAGUAUAGGCUUUUCUUCUAUUCAAACGAUUGCUCUCAUAUGUAAAUGUCAUAAGAGACAUUCAGCGGGAUGUUUUGAGACACACUGAACAACAUUGGCUGCUUGUCAUUGAACUCCUUGCAAGAACAAGGCAAAAUAAGCAUCAGGACAGGCACCAAGCAUAAAAACUGACAGGGAUCUGGUUGGUUUACAUUGAAUAUUCACACACACUGCUGCAAACACUGCUGUCUCGUUACCGCUGUGGGUCCAUGAGCAAGGCACUGACCCCCAGGACCUCCACUGCUCCUAGGUUGUGCAUGUGAAAUAGUUUUCCCAUGGUGGGUAAAAAAAAAAAAAAAAAAAAACUUUUUGUGGUUUGAGUUUGACUUUAUUCUACUGAGAGAUGUUUCAGAUAUAUGAUAUAGGUCAGACCGUAGACAUGUAGACUUUCCUGAUUAAUAUGUAAUAUGUUUUAUCCAGGUUGAUCAGUUGUGAGGCCUCUGCAUGUGACACCUAUUUUUUUUCAUUAAAACUAUUGAAUUUGCCGGCAUCCUGUGUGUUUCUGUGGGCAAAAUGUUUGGUCUUCAAAGUGUCGGUGGAAAGAUCCACUUCAUUUGCGAACAGUCAAAUACUUUACGAGGAUGCAGCUUACAGACAAAGGACUGUUGUUUUAAGUUUUUAUCUAAUUCAAAUGAUUGUUCUUAUGCCUGAGAAUCCAAGUAACGAAACGUCAAGUUAGUUGUUUGGAGGCUCGUCGAGCAGCAUCGGCUCCUUGUUGCUGAACUUUUUUCUGCAACAACUCAAAUCAAAGCAUCAGGACAGGUAACUGCAUCAACAGUUGUUCAGUCUGAGUGAAUUAAAGCCUCUGACAUUUGCUGAGUUUACAAGUUUAUGUGAUUCACGAGACCAAGUCUGCAGUUAAACCUGUUUUAAAUGUGUACAAUGUGAAAUUCUGGUUAAGACUGACGAAUUUAAGAUGUUAUUGAUAAUAUGUAGUCACAAUAUGUUUUACAUGUGCCACAACAUUAUGCUUAUUCACUGUUUUGAUUUUUACCAACCAAUGUAACAUCUUGAAGCCCUUGAGGCAACUGUUGUUGUGAU